AUGCCUGUCGCAACUUCUUCGCGUCGCAAGCCUACGCUACGCAGGCAGAACUCGGAAGAAAUCGAAGACGCGCGUCCUACCCAAGCUCCUGCAAGCGACGAAGACCAACCACGCCGCAACGGGCGUGUAAAAAAGGAGAAGCAAGGCAAAGGGAAACAAAGAGCCGAAACGGACGACGAGGAAACAGCUCGUCCAGCCGCUGCUGCUGCUGAUGAUGAUGAUGAAGACGAUGAUGACCGAAUCGACGUCGCUAAUUUCCCCAACCAACCAUUUGGCAAGCUCGAGGCGGUCAAACUAAAGGGCAUCUCUGAAGACUGGGACAACAUGCGGAACCUCAUCGGUCAGCAUUGGGAAAUCUAUAGGGAUGUCGCCUCAGCAAUGGCAGAAACUGGUGAAAGAGACCUCGAGUCUUCCGAGAGCUUACGAGAAUUAGAUAGAGAUAUGAAGGAAUUCAUUGAUGUGGGUGCUGAAAUGGGCGCACACUCUCAAGCUCUGAAUGAUAUGCACCAACAAAUCAUCCGUGGCGAAGUUGUCGCCGACGCCCAAGCCCGCUAUGAAGAAGGUCUCAAGGCUAUCUUGGACCAGUAUGCUGGAAAGACGACGCGUCAAAAGUAUGCUCGUGAUGAGCGAUACCAACAAUUUCAUGCCAGCAUAUGGGAGGUGCACCACCCUGAGCAGCCCAUGCCACCUCUAACCGAGUUCAUUGAUAAGGAGACAGGCGACGACUCGGAUGAAGACGACGACCUCGAGAUUGGCGGCGUCACGCAAAACUUCACCUGUCCUCUCUCCCUGACCCCGCUCCUCAAUCCCCUUACAUCCAAAGUCUGCAAGCACAGUUUUUCAGCAGAUGCGAUCAAGGAUUACUGCAGAGAUCCCAGGAAGGCGUACAAAUGCCCUGCUGCAGGCUGCAACAAGUCCUUCAAGCUGUCCGAUUGCAUUGCGGAUACUGCGCUUGCCAAGAAGGUCAAAGCCCAACGACGACGCAUCGAAGCUGCUGCCGCAGACAGCGAUGCAGAGGAAGUCGUCGAUUGA